AUGCGGAACUUGAAGCUGACGAAGAGCGUGCUGGUCGCAGCAUCGCUUGCCUUUGCGGCUAGCAGCGCUACCACCGCCGAUGCCGCGCCAAGAGUAGCAACCGCCUCGACGCAAGAGUGGAGUUACUGGAAGUCCGAUUCGUCUGCUGCCGACUUUGCGGGCUGCGCUUCGGAAGUGGCCAAGGUGCGAGAUGGCGCUGGUGCGUCGUAUCUCUAUCGAGCGCCCUCGCAUGAAGCUUGCGCUCGGGGUCUGAGUUUGGCUCAGAAUGGACCGCAGGAGGUGGUGCUGUUCAAGCAGGAAGCUGUCCAACUGGAUGCAGGACGGGUGGCGGUAACCGGUACAUGGAAGGAGCGAUCCCUCCAAGUUCUCUCGUCGAUCUCGCAAGAACCUAUGGCCGAACAGAGCUCAGGUCAGAUGGCGUUCCAGUUCUCCACCGGAUCUGCACCAGACACAGCGUUGAAACUCAUCAGCGUCCACGACAGCUCCCUCCUCGUCGCCGUCUCGGAUGCACAACUCGCCACGAUCGACCAGCAUGCCACCUUCGACACACGUCUCCACCACCUCACCUUCCACCCUCUCUCCUACCUCGCCCCACUCAACGACGACAAGAAAGCAGAGCCGACCUUCAAGAAGCCCAAAUACAACACGGUGAUCGCCAAAAUCGCCUCCUCGUCCGCCCUCUCCCCCGCACGAAUCAAAAAGGAUCUUCGCAUUCUCACCGGCGAAGACCCGCAACCAAGCGACAUCGGCACGUGGCACAGCCGACAUAGCUCCACCUACGGCGCGCGCCUAGCCGCGAAGUGGAUCAAGCAGCAGCUGGAAGAAUCGCUGCGCGGGGUGAAUGGCAGUGGAUGCGAAUUCUUCGAGUAUUCGCCGUACUUUGCGCCUAACGUUGUGUGUCGUAUCCCUGCGUCGGACACCUCGAAGAAAGCUGGGGAAGAGAGGGAAGUGGUUGUUUCGGCGCACUACGAUUCGCGCGGAACGUUCGGAUCCACCACCGCACCGGGUGGUGACGACGACGGUUCCGGCACAGCCGCUCUGCUCGCCAUUGCCAGAGCCAUCGGUUCGUCCGGCUUCGGCUUCGACUCUCCGAUCCAGCUCAUCGCCUUUUCGGGCGAAGAACAGGGUCUCGUAGGUUCUCAACGCUACGCAGCCCACCUCUCUUCCCGCUCUACGCCGGUCAAGCUGGCGGUGCAGAUGGACAUGCUCGCCUAUCGAAAACCCGGCGAGCCGCUGCAGAUCGCUUUUCCGGACAAGUUCGUCACCACCACUGCGACUAAGCAUCUCUGGGAGAUUGCUGAGCUGUACGCGCCGGAGUUGGAACAGGGGUACACACCGGCGUGCUGCUCGGACCACCAGAGCUUUUGGGAGCAGGGUUUCCCAGCGACGUGGGUGUUUGAGAGGAAUGGUCCGAUUGCCGAUCCCAUGUACCACAACUCGGGGGAUGUGACCGAGAGAGAAGGGUAUGAUGUAGAGCAGUUGAGGAGUAUUGCUAAGGUGGUGGUUGCUGCGCUGUUGGAUGUUGCCGGGUUCGAUAUGUGA